CUCGAGUAAGGCCCAGCAAAUUGAUGUUCGAGAAUCCUGAUUUUUGCAGUCUAAGGCUGUAAGCUUCCAUUGAUUUUGAUUCAGAAAGCUGAAGAAGAGAUGGGAAGCAUCAGCGGUGCGCUGACAUCGCAUUUGCAGCUCAAUCACUGCCAUUUCUCUGCUAGAACUUCUCAGCUUGCUUCAGCUCGAAUUAGCCCAACGUCGAGAAGGUCGAAGUUGCGGUUCUCCGGUUUGCUCAGCCGUAGGAAUUUCAAUCGAUUUGUGUGUUCUGCUGUGGAUGACGAUGUAAUAGAGAAGCAGACGGAGUUGGGUGGUGGAAAUGGCUCGACCAUCGUUGAGGAUGGGCCUGAUAUCGCCCAGAACUCAACGGAUGAAGCUCCGGAAAAAGGUGAUAUAUAUAACUUUCUCUAUCCCAGUAAAGAACUCCUUCCAGAUGAUAAAGAAAUGAGCGUGUUUGAUCAUCUUGAAGAACUACGUCAGAGGAUAUUUGUGUCAGUUUUGGCAGUGGGAGGUGCAAUUGUUGGAUGCUUUGCGUUUUCAAAAGAACUCAUCUUAAUUCUUGAAGCUCCUGUUAAAGAACAAGGUGUAAGGUUCUUGCAGCUAGCUCCUGGGGAGUUUUUCUUUACAACAGUGAAGGUAUCAGGAUACUGUGGCCUUCUUCUUGGAAGUCCUGUCAUCCUCUAUGAGAUCAUUGCCUUUGUUCUUCCAGGAUUAACAAAGGCAGAAAGACGGUUUCUUGGGCCUAUCGUCCUAGGCUCCUCUAUACUUUUUUAUGCAGGAAUUGCCUUCUCCUACAUAGUUCUCACGCCAGCAGCCCUAAAUUUCUUUGUUAGCUAUGCGGAAGGAGCCGUCGAGUCCUUGUGGUCCAUUGACCAAUACUUCGAAUUUGUACUUGUGCUUAUGUUCAGUACAGGCUUGUCUUUCCAGGUUCCAGUUAUACAGAUUCUACUUGGACAACUUGGGCUGGUGUCAGGAGACCAAAUGCUGUCGAUUUGGAGAUACGUUGUAGUCGGUGCAGUGGUGGCAGCUGCUAUACUUACGCCAUCAACAGAUCCUUUAACUCAGGUACUUCUGGCAGCUCCCCUACUGGGCCUUUACUUGGGGGGUGCUUGGGUGGUCAAGCUCUCAGGACGAUAGAUCUCACCCCAAUUUUUCCAUCUCUGUGAGGAUCCUGUACAUUUACAAAAUUCUAUUGUGUAGUGUAAUUGUGACGCCAUUUAAUAUAAAGUAAUAUUCUUCCA